UGCAAAACUCUUUGAAAAUAAAAUUUACUAUAAAACGUGUUAGCAAAAAUAAGUAAUUAUCAGUAUUACUUUUUUACACAAACUCUCAACAUGAUGUCAAAAGUGAUUAUCUUAGUCUUAAGUGCUUUUUUUAUAGCUGUUAUUUAUGCUCAUCCCGCUCCAACAACUUGUGAUCAAAAUGAAGUUUAUCUACAACAAGGAGAAGCACCAGAUUGUGAAACGGUUUGCAGUGAAUUAGGAGAUACUUGUUAUGUUAAUUACAUUUGGCCACCAUUUGGUUGUUAUUGUGAAGACGGCUAUGCUAGAGAUGAUAACUAUGAUUGUAUACCAAUAAGUGAUUGUCCACCAAAAGUGUCCACCACUCCUUCUCCUUCUUCUUCUUCUAUGGAAUUUGAAUAAAAAUGUUUUAUAUAUUUUAUAAUAGAAUAUCAUUAAGUCAUCUGUAUUAAAUGCUCAUAAUAUAAUUUUGAAAAUUAUACUUAAA